GAGUGUGCACUUGGUGUUUGUUAGAGUUAGAAAAUGUCAGAAGCGAUUUCUCAGAAGGAAGACUCUUUCACAUGUCCAAUGUGUCUGGAUCUGCUGAAGGAUCCAGUGGCUAUUCCCUGUGGACAUAAUUUCUGUAUGAGGUGCAUUAAGGGCUGCUGGGAUCAGGAGGACCAGAAAGGAGUCUACAGCUGCCCCCUGUGCAAACACACCUUCACUCCCAGACCUGUCCUCUACAAAAACCCUCUGAUUGCUGAAAUGGUGAAGAAAUUUAGGAAGACCAGAAUCCAACCUGCUGCUCACAAUUAUGCUGGACCUGGAGAUGUGGAGUGUGACGUCUGCACUGGGAGAAAAAUCAAAGCUGUGAAGUCCUGUCUGAAGUGUCUGGUGUCUUACUGUGAAGCUCAUUAUAAAGUUCACAAUGAAGUUAAUCCUGGACGAAAACACUCAGUGGUUGAUGCCACAGGCCAGCUACAGGAGAGGAUCUGCUGUCGUCAUCAGAAGGUUGUUGAGAUAUUUUGUCAUACUGAUCAGAGUUGUAUCUGCCUUAUGUGUCUGAUGGACGAUCAUAAAGGCCACGACACAGUCACAGCUGCUGCAGAAAGGACUAACAAACAGAAGCAGUUGGGGCAGAGCCAGAGGAGAUUCCAGCAGAGAAUCCAGGAGAGAGAGGAGGAGCUGCAGGAGCUGAGGAAGGCUGUGGAGACUCUCAAGAGCUCUGCACAGACAGCGGUGGGGGACAGUGAGAGGAUCUUUACUGAGAUGAUCCGCUCCAUUGAGAGAAGGCGCUCUGAGGUGAAAGAGCUGAUCAGAGCUCAGGAGAAGGCUGAGGUGAGUCGGGCUGAAGGACUCCUGAAGCAACUGGAGCAGGAGAUUGCUGAGCUGAAGAGGAGAGAUGCUGAGCUGGAGCAGCUUUCACACACAAAAGAUCACAUCCAUUUCCUCAAGAAUAUCCCAUCAAUCAAAGAGUCUCCUCACUCUAAAGACUUACCCAGCGUGACCUUCAACCAGAGUUUCUCUUUUGAGGCUGUAAAGGAAUCUGUGUCUGCAGUUAAGGUGCAGCUGGAGGAGAAACUGGAUGGCAUCUUCAAGCAGGAAGUAGCCAAGAUAUCUGCAGCAGUGGCGCAUAUCCAGAUCAUCCAGUUUUUAGAAACUACUGAUUCUAAACUGCCAGACAGAAGAACUGAUAGUAUGGAAGAUCUGCCACCAAAAAUGUUUGGUGUCCAGGCUGUUUAUUCAGAAUCAGUGACCAGAGAGGAGCUCUUGCGGUAUUGCUGUCACUUCACACUGGAUCCAAACACAGCACAGAUAAACCUCCAUCUGUCUGAGGGGAACAGGAGGGUGCAGAGGAGAGCUUCAGAGUUCCAGUCAUAUCCUGAUCAUCCAGAGAGAUUUGAUUGGUGGAAUCAGGUGUCGUGUAGAGAGGGUGUGUCUGGACGCUGCUACUGGGAGGUGGAGUGGAGUGGGGAGGUUGAUAUAGCAGUCUCAUAUAAAAGCAUCAGCAAGAAAGGAGGGGGUAAUGAGUGUUGGUUUGGACGUAAUGGUCAGUCCUGGAGCCUGGAGCCCCGCAGCUUCAGCUCCUAUUUUAGGCACAAUAAUAAACAGACUAAACUCCCUCUAGUGGCCAGCUUCAGAAUAGGAGUGUAUGUGGAUCACAGGGCAGGAACUCUGGCCUUCUACAGCAUCUCUGACACAAUGACCCUCAUGCACAGAGUCCAGAACACAUUCACAGACACACUCUACCCUGGGUUUGGGCUAGGUCUUGGAUCAUCAGUGAAGUUAUCGUGACUCACAUACACAGAUGCUCUUAGUAACACUACACACACACACAUCCAUUAAGGAUCUGGCAGCUGCCUGAGAUUCUCUGUUGUUGGGGAAAACAAAAGCCCAAAAGCACUCCCUCAUCUCUGGACCCCAGCAGAUAUUACAGCGUCUGCACCUCUGGACCUCUGCUGGAACACACAUCAGCACACCACACAUACACUAUUGGGUGGGACAUGUGUUGAGGAGCCCAGUGUUUCACCCCCUCUGAUCCUCUCCCACAGUCCACUUCCUCUCCCUCCUGCUGAAGGGCAUUAUGGUGGACACGUGUCUGAUGAAAGUUGAAAGUGAAGCUCAUUAGGUUAAGUUGUCUAGAUGUAAAUAUGUGUGUGGUUGCACUCAUAGAUUGUACAGUAUAUAAGGUUGUACUUGAUGUAAGAUGAAAUGUACACUUCUUGUUAAAGCAUGGCUGAUAUGGCUGUCCCAAUCUCUAAAAGACUUGAUAUGUAAAAAUUGAUUAAAAUAAUAAUGAUA